AUGGGAGAAGAUGAAUCGCCUCGCAAGAAGAAGAAAGCCCGUCUGCAUGUACGCGGAGAGCUUUCUUCCGGAACAUCAAAAUCCUCAAAGCCUGAGCCCAAGCCAGUUCGAGGAGAAAUCGAGGCUCAAUUGGUGAAACGAUCUGUGCCAAACCGACCUCGAUUUCCUCCCGAGAUAUUGGAACGUUUGAUCCUCUCGCUCGAUCCUGAAACUGACAAGCGAGCUCUAUCUCGCUGUCUUCGAGUAUCAAAGCUCAUGUUCGACCUCGCUGCUCCUCUGUUAUACCGCCAGAUCGUUGCCCACCCCUGCCUCGAUCCUUCGCGAAAUCCGCUUUGCCCGCUACCGAAAGGCGUCAAGAGGUCCGACCCGACCGUUCCCAUCCUCGAUGAAAAAUAUCAGAGAUGCUCGCUUCUACGCAUGGUGCAGAGGAUCACCGUUCCAUACAAUCACGUUCAUGUUUUUGGCGGGAUCCUCAGGGAAUUGGCAGAGAAUGGAGGUCUUCGAGUCGUGGUGCAGGACUUCGACAGGCAAGGGGUGGAAGCCACAGCCCUUGCGACACCUCAAAAACCUCAGCAGGGCUCGGGGUGGGCACUCUCGCGUUCCAAACCUCAUCAGGCUGCGUCCAUUAUCGCUCUCACCAGGCGUGAAGAACAGCCUCAGAUCAUUAUCAAGUUUGAUUCGAGGACCCUGGACAGACUGCACAACGCCUUGUUCCUCGAUCCCUUGCUCGGGGUUUCCAGAAAUCGGGUCACGUUGAUAUAUUGGUCGCCACAACCGGGCCAGGGCGCCGGCCCAUGUGCGUUUGGACUAUCGGCAGACUCAUACUCUUGGAGGCUGCUCACUGUGGCGACCUCAUCCCAAUUAGACCUGACCGUCGUGAAUGCCGUCUCCAUCGUCAAGGCAAUCGAUAGCCGCUCGACUUCAGAUCCUGUCACUACUUAUGAGAAAAUGGUCAAGAUGACAGAGAAGUCAUUUGAAUUAUUCAAGAAGUAUGUGAAACCACAGGAACGAUCAGCCGAUUCAUCUGAAACCCCACCUGGAAAGGUCCGAUUCCUCACCAUGGACCAAUAUAUCGAACAGGAGGAUUGGCGGUUGGCUUUCACAGAGCGAGAGAUGGAGCCUUGGUUGGAGGCCAAGAAGGCAGUAGUCAAGGUCGAGAGGGAUUGA